CAGUCUCACUGCAGGGCCAGCCCCGCGCUUCAGCGGCCCGGGGCCGCCCGGGGCUCAGGAGAGUGGCCGGCUCGGAGCUGCCGGCCCCGGGCCAUUUUUUGCCUGAUCGGUCUCAUAGCCGACCCCAGGCACAUUCAGGUACACGCCUUGUUUGUGAAACGUCAGUCGGGCACAGCCCACUUUCGCCCCGCAUCCGCAUAUAGCUCUAGUCAACAUGAGCAACACGCAACAAGCCAAAUCACAGAAGGACAACAACAGAACAACGACAAAGAAGGAGAAGAAAAUAAUGGAGCAAACUCUGCUGGAGCAGGUCGCCGUUUGGCUCGUAGACUACGGACAAAGACGACAAGAACUGCAAAGAAAAUGGCUUGCCUUUCAAGAACAGUUAAAUAACAUGGCAAAGUCGAUUCAGAAGCUGUAUGGGACGCAGCGCAUGUUAAGAAGACAAAGACGCAUGAAAAUACAAGCAGCUCGACAACUGAGAGUGAACAGAAGGAGACGUGCGAGAGCACAGCUUGUUCACAGCUACUGCACUGAAGUGAUGUGUCUGAAAUCAGUGUGGACAUAUCCACGAUCGAGUGACUGGUGGGAGCACACCGCCAUGGCCUACAACGAUGAGCAGUGGCUGAACGACUUCAGAGUGUCCAGAGAAACGUUCGACUACCUCUGUAGGGCACUGAGACCGGCAUUGCAGCGACGAAACACCUCCUUUCGGCUGGCUAUUCCAUUGGAGAAACGAGUGGCCAUCGCGCUGUAUAAACUGGCAUCAACCGUUGAAUACAGGACUGUAGCCAACUUGUUUGCUGUGGGGAAAACUACCGUGGUGACGACUGUGCACGCCUUCUGCCGGGCCGUCAUAUCCUACCUCACACCAAAACACAUCAAGCUACCCAGCCAAGCAAAACUGGCAGAGAUGGCAGACUACUUCGAAACUAGAUACGGCAUUCCUCAGUGUGUGGGCGCCAUAGAUGGGUCGCACAUCCCCAUCACCAAACCACAGCAAUACCAGUCAGACUACUGCAACAGAAAGGGAUGGCAUUCCAUCAUUCUGCAAGCGGUUGUUGACGGGAAAGGGAUGUUCUGGGAUUUGAACGUUGGCAUACCUGGUCGAGAACACGAUGCCACGGUGCUGAAGAAGUCAAACAUCUGGUGGUGGGCCCUCGGUUCGGAUGCUUUGUCAGGCAGAGUCAGAAACAUCUGUGGUACCGACGUGGGCUACUUCAUCCUUGGCGACUCUGCGUAUCCUCUGCAGAGCUGGUUGAUGAAACCUUUCCCGGACAGUGGUCGACUGACACAAAGUCAAGAGCUGUACAACAAGAGGACAAGCCGUGCCCGCUGUGUUGUUGAGCAUGCCUUUGGGCGGUUUUUAAAAGGAAGAUGGAGGUGUCUGGGCAAAAAAAAUGAAUGCAGUGUCACAGUUGUUGAGGACAUGGUGCUGGCUUGCUGUACACUGCACAAUCUUUGCGAGCAAAACCUGGACGCAUUCCUUGCAGAGUGGGACGUUCCGUCACAACUUGCUCAACCUCUCCGCGUGGCAGAGGAAGGGGAAAAUGCCGACGCUGGAGCUGUCGUAAGACGUGCAUUGGAACAGUGGUUCGCUGAACAGCAGUAG